AUGCGCUUCGGGCUGCUCCUCGCCGCGGCGGCGCUCGUCGUGGCCGCAUAUGGCCAACAACACCACGGCCACACCCACGAGGCCCCGCACUCGAAGUAUGGGCGUGAGGUGAACGAGCAGGCAGCGGCCGAGGCGGCUGCCCACGACCACGGGCACUCACACGCCGGAGGAAAGUGUCCGCAUGCUCAUAGCCACGAUGCCGCCGAUCACGGACACUCCCACGGAGCUGAGGACCACGGACAUUCCCAUGGCGCCGAGGACCACGGAAACUCGCACGGAGCCGAGGAGCACGGACAUGCCCAUACUGGUGGAAAGUGCCCGCAUAGCCACGGAGCCGAAGAUCACGGACAUUCGCACGGUGCUGAGGACCACGGAAAUUCGCAUGGUGGCCAAGGUCACAGUCACGGAGCUGCGAAGGCGAAACGAGAAGUCCAUCCGGCUGAUAGUCACCAAUACGAAGGAGCCCUCUCCUUCAUGAACGACGCCCGGACCAGGCUGUGGGUGCACGCGCUCGGCGCCACGCUCAUGAUCUCGAUCGCUCCGUUCCUCAUCCUGCUCUUCAUCCCGAUCCAGGCAAACACUUCUGACUCUGGGCCGCUGCUCAAGGUGCUGCUGGCUUUCGGCUCCGGCGGUCUGCUCGGUGACGCCUUCCUCCAUCUGAUCCCGCACGCUCAGCCACCAGCUGAAGAAGGCGGCCACGGACACUCGCAUGAACAUCACGGCCACUCCCAUGGCCCUCAUGAUAUGAGCGUUGGUGGAUGGGUUCUUGCCGGUAUCAUCGCCUUCCUGACCAUCGAGAAGCUGCUCCGAAUCCUGCGCGGCGGUGAGCACGGACACAGCCACGGAGGGAACGGACAUUCCCACGGCGGUAAUGCCAAGCAAUCUGACGACGAGGAAGAGGAUGAGAAGAAGGGAGGCAAGAAGGACAAGAAGAAGGUCGAGAAGAAGGCUGAUGCGCCCAAGGAGCACGAGGGAAUUAAGAUUGCCGCCUACCUGAACCUUGCCGCCGACUUUGCUCACAAUUUCACCGACGGCCUGGCCAUUGGAGCCUCGUUCAUCGCCGGAACUGGAAUCGGAAUCGUUACAACCAUGACCGUCCUCAUCCACGAGGUCCCCCAUGAGAUUGGAGACUUUGCGAUCCUCGUCCAAUCCGGAUACACCAAGACUCGCGCCAUGAUGAUCCAGCUGGUGACUGCUCUCGGCGCCUUCUCUGGCUGCUUGCUCUCACUUUGGUCGGCUGACGGAGCUGUCGCCGAUGCUGCCUCGGCCACCUGGGUUCUUCCCUUCACUGCUGGAGGCUUCAUCUACAUCGCCACCGUGUCCGUCAUCCCCGAACUGCUCGAGAACUCUUCGCUGAAGCAGACGGUGCUCGAGAUCAUUGCCCUGCUCACCGGCAUCUACAUGAUGUACCUCAUCGCCAUGUAUGAG